GCAGGCUCCCCAGCCGCCGGGGGUGCGCGGAGAAAAGGGGCGGGGUGGUCCGAGCUGCUGUGCUGGCAGCAGUAGGCGAGGGCGCGGCUGCGGGGUUCCUGGUGCUGAGGACCGACGCCAUUGGAGCCCCAGGGAAGGCUGAGCUGUCUUCUCCUUGGGACCCGCGGCAUGGCUGAGAGAAGCCACAGCGGGCAGUCGGAAAACUCCAACUCUGGAGACAUGGAUGAGGGGAGCCAGCGAGCCAGGGAGGAAGAGAUGGUUGGAGGCAACGACUAUGAAGAAUUUGGUGCUUUCGGUGGCUAUGGCACCCUCACCAGCCUUGACAUCCAUCUCCUGAGAGCCUUUGGGAGCUUGGGUUCAGGCUUUCGCUUCUUAGCGAAUGAGCCCUGGGAACUGGAAAACCCUGUGCUGGCCCAGACCCUGGUGGAGGCACUGCAGCUGGAUCCGGACACCCUUGCCAAUGAGACGGAGGCCCGCGCUGCCAACGUAGCCCGCUCUGCCGCCUCCAACCGGGCCGCUCGGGCUGCUGCCUCUGCUGCCCGCAGGUCCUUCAACCAGGCGAUCUCUAACCAGAUGAGGGCCGCACAGCAGGCCCUAGUAGAGGACGCCCAGCCAAUGACAUAUGCCGAGGCUCAGGGGGCCACCCCUGAGACCAGCCGUGCCUCUCAGCAGACCUCCCAGACGCUAGUCGCCAGUGAGGGGGCUGCCCCUGGGGCUCCAGCAACCUCCACACAGCCCCAGACAGCCUUCCUGGCGCAGGAAGCUGCUGCAGAGGGCCCUAGCACCGCCUGUGCUUUCACUCAGGCUCCAAGUGCCAGCGAGAGGGAUGCCACCCAGCCCCAGACAGCCUUCCUGGGCCAGAACGAUGUCUUUGAUUUCACUCAGCCGGCAGGUGUCAGUGGCAUGGCCUUCCCUCGUCCCAAGAGACCUGCCCCAGCCCAAGAGGCCCCCACAGAGGGUCCCAGUGCUGCCUCUUGUGUGCCCCAGGCAGCACCUGCCAGGGAGGGGUCAGCCACCCGGCCCAAGACCACCAAGUCUGGGAAGGCGCUGGCCAAGACUCGGUGGGUGGAGCCUCAGAACGUGGCGGCAGCAGCCGCGGCCAAGGCCAAGGCGGCCACAAGCAUCCCUGAGCAGGAGGGGGCAGCUGCCACUGCCCAGCACAGUGCUGAGCCCUGGACCAGAAUGGGAGGCAAGAGGACAAAGAAGUCCAAGCACCUUGUCGAGGAUUAUGAGAGCAGCGAGGAGGAGAGAGAGCCCCCCGCCGUGCCACCAACCUGGAGAGCAUCGCAGCCCCCCUCUUUGGCACAGGCUCAGCCGGCCCCUCGGCCCCCGGUGGCCCCAAGGUCCCAGAUACCUUCGAGGCAUGUCCUGUGCUUGCCCCCUCGCAACGUGACCCUUCUGCAAGAGAGGGCAAAUAAGCUGGUGAAAUACCUAAUGAUUAAAGACUACAAGAAGAUCCCCAUCAAGCGCUCAGACAUGAUGAAGGACGUCAUUCGGGAAUAUGACGAACAUUUCCCUGAGAUCAUUGAACGAGCCACCUACACUCUGGAAAAGAAGUUUGGGAUCCACCUGAAGGAAAUCGACAAGGAGGAGCACCUGUACAUUCUCAUCUGCACCCGGGAUUCUUCAGCUCGUCUUCUCGGGAAGACCAAGGACACUCCUCGGCUGAGUCUCCUCUUGGUGAUUCUGGGCGUCAUCUUCAUGAAUGGCAACCGUGCCAGCGAGGCUAUCCUCUGGGAGGCACUCCGCAAGAUGGGACUGCGCCCUGGGGUGAGGCACCCUUUCCUUGGUGAUCUGAGGAAGCUGAUCACAGAUGACUUCGUGAAGCAGAAGUACCUGGAGUACAAGAAGAUCCCCAACAGCAGCCCGCCUGAGUAUGAGUUUCUGUGGGGCCUGCGAGCCCGCCAUGAGACCAGCAAGAUGAGGGUCCUGAGAUUCAUUGCCCAGAACCAGAACCGGGACCCCCGGGAAUGGAAGGCUCACUUCUUGGAGGCUGUGGAUGAUGCUUUCAAGACGAUGGAUGUGGAGAUGGCCGAGGAACAUGCCAGGGCCCAGAUGAGGGCGCAGAUGAAUAUCGGGGACGAAGCUCUGAUUGGGCGGUGGAGCUGGGACGACAUACAGUCUGAGCUGCUGACCUGGGAUGAGGACGGGGAUUUCGGCGACGCCUGGGCCAGGAUCCCCUUUGCGUUCUGGGCCAGGUACCAUCAGUACAUUCUGAAUAGCAACCGUGCCAACAGGAGAGCCACAUGGAGAGCUGGUGUCAGCAGCGGCACCAACGGCGGGGCCAGCACCAGCAUCCUUGAUGGCCCCAGCACCAGCUCCACCAUCCGGACCAGAAAUGCCGCCCGAGUUGGCGCCAGCUUCUUCUCCUGGAUCCAACAGCGUUGAGGACGUGCCGUGAUGUUCCUCAUCCAGCCAGACUGCCUCUGCAGAGUCCCUCUUAAGCAGCACUCCAGGCGCUUCUCCCUGUGGGUCGGAGGGGCCGUGCAACGCGAAGCUCCCCUUGCUGCUCCUGCUUUCGUUGUGUGCUUUUUCUUGUGUGUUCAUGUUUUGGUAUCAGUGUUACAUUAAAGUUGCAAAAUGAA